AUGUUAUCUGCCAUUACUCGAAAAACGCUCGCUAAAGUACCACACUCUUCACGUUCGUACUGGACCAAGCUAACCACCACAGGAGCCACUAUUGAAGAAUGCGUGCAAGCAUCGCUGGAUACACUUGAUAAGAAAAAACCCGAUAUUUGCGUAGUUUUGGCCUCCAAAUCCUACUCGCUAGGUCAUUACCGUAAGUUGACCCAAGACUUGCAUGCCAAGCUGGAGCCAAGAUGCUUGAUUGGCGGCGUAGUCGAUCGAGUAGCCCAAGUGAACCAUGGCAUUUCACUGUUACUUGGAUUUGACGAGGACAUUGUGCCAUUUACCAUCAAUGAUAGCCAGGAUAGACUCAAAAUCCGCAGUACAUCUGUAGGUCGAUGGGGUCGUGUUGAAGACACAGAAAGAAUUAAGUAUCAGAGCGACCACAUUGACAAAGUAGGAUUGGAAAACUUUGGCUCUGUCAGCACCCCAGUACAGGCCUACCAAUUACCUCCAGGCCUUGAAAGCAAGCCUUCGUUUGUCUUUACAGUCUCCGAUAACGAGCCAGAUCAACUUUUGCAAACAUUGGAUCAUCACUACCCUGAUGUGGCCAAGGUGGGUAUCAUUGGAGCCUCAACACCCUUUGUUACGGGAGAACCUUAUACGCUUUUCAACUCGAAUGGCGAUAUUAUGGGGUCCGGCAUGGUUGGAUUUGCAUCCUACACCAAAUCAGAUGCAUCCCACAAUGUCAAAGUAACUCAUGCCGCUAUGGAAAAGAUGGGCAAUCCAUUAAAGAUCACGCGUUGCCGUGGUAACAUCAUCCUGGAUCUUGACGAAGGAGGUGCUACUGGCUUACUGUUGCGUUUGAUUCAAGAGGGUCCGAAGCUGUCAAAAGAUGAAGAGUUUUAUUUAGGGAUCUAUCCACCUGGAAAGGAUCAAAACGCUGAUGAGGAGGCUACCGUGAGUCGUAUUACUAGUGGCGAUCCAAGCAGAGGUAACAUGUCUAUUGAUACAACUGCGGAUUUGCAAGUGGGACAAGUCGUUCAGUUUAUGAGGAAGAAGAACCUUGAAUUCAAAAAUAUCUCAAACGAUCCUAUUAAGAAGGAAGAAAUUGUCCUUGGUGUCAGUGGGAAGGAUUAUACAAUCGAUGCAUUGCCUGUCCAGAUUCCAGAUGAGGCCAAUGUCGUUCCUGAGGUGUUUGGUGCAGUAAGUGAGAACGGUGUCAUUGUAGGUCGCAGUAAUAUACCCACUGAAGUCUUGGACGUUCCCUAUUCUAAAGUUACAUUUCAUCUUUAA